UCUUAUUUUAUUCCAUUUGAACACCCCAAACGGUUAGUAACCAUCGAUUAAUAGAAUUUAGUCUUAUUUAGUUUGGUAAUUAUUAUGGUAACCAUUUGAACACCCCCAAUGGUUAGUAACCGACGGUUAAACAGUUAACCAACUAACUGAUUACAGUCAUCCUCAUAGUUAGGGCUGAAAAUAAUAGGCCUCCAUGAUUCACAUGCAUGGACCAAAAAUAAUGGGAUGUUUGAAAGCUAGAAGAUCUCUUGCCUCCCCUAAUUAUAAUAGUGACUUAAGUUCAAAUGAGAAUAAUUUUAAGAAAAAGUUUUAAAAGGAGCACAGUAGAAAGUUGGACUUGCGCACAAUAGUUUGACAAAAUUCUAUCACAUUUAAGCUUCGAUAUUAUUUGGUGGGUUUAUAAGUUGAUUAAUUUUUGUUUGGUCUCUUAUUCUUUUCUGCUUCUCUAAUCAAAUUUGAUGGUGGAAUGGUGUUAUUAGGGCUAAAUUUCAGUCGGUUUCGGUUUAACCGAUAACUGAAAUCUUGGUUUUCGGUUAUCCGAACAAACCUUUUCAGGCUGCUGACCACCGACCAACAACAUGCUUUGGUUAACCGGAGCACAGACCGGUCAGUUAAUGGUUAAAACCUCGGUUAAUCAACUAUCCGGAAUUAUUUAUUAUAAUAAUAAUUAUUAAUUACAUGAAAAACUAAAAAGGAGAUAGGGAGUUGAAAAUCCGUCGACGACUCUUCAUCUCUUAUCAUCUCCUCCGACCUAUCCUCCCGCCGCACCCACCAAUCCUGCCACCGCUACCAAUCCUCCCGCUGCACCCACCAAUCCAGCCGACACUACCAAGAAGUCGAAGAAGGAGGAACGAAAAUGGCGGUGACUCGCGAAGAGGAAGGACGUCGACCACUCUUCAUCUCUCCUCAUCUCCUCCGGCAUAUCCUCACGCCGCACCCACCAAUCCCGCCAGUUGUUACCAAUCCUCCUCCAACACCCACCAAUCCCUAGAUCCAGAAUCGCGAAACCAGAAUCGCUAGAUCCCUAGAUCACGAAACCAGACUCGCGAAGAAGAAGGAUGGGGCGCGCUUCUAUCGUCGCCGCGCUGCUCGGUGGGUGGCGCUCAACUUCUCCGCCGUCCCUACAUGGCUACAUCUUCAGAUCAAAGAGACCAUCUGGCUUCUUACCUCCAGCAAUCGUCGCCGAAGUAGUCUGGAAGAAGAGAUGGGGUCCUGAGUUCUCUGAAUUUAUGGGUUGUUCUUGGGGGUGUGGAAUUGGGAGUAGGAGCAAGGAGUUCUAUGUUUUUGUUCUUGAUGGGGCGGGUUGGAAGGAGACGGAGUAAGGAAGAGAGAGAGAGAGAGUGGGAGAUACAAGAGAGGAGGACUGAGGGUUUGAUUUUUUGGGGAGAGUUGGAUAUAGAUUUUGGGGUUUGGUCAGUAGAGGUCGGUUAAUCGUCCUUGGUUUCUCGGUCAACCGACGCCUCCCUUCUGCAUGCAUGACCACCGAACAACACAAAUGGCAAUUCGAUUUUCGGUUAGUUGGUAACUGAUCAAUUUCGGUCAUAAUCGGCGGUUACCUACUAAUUAGAAACCGAAUGGUCAUUCCUAGGUGUUAUUGGAACUUAAUUUUGUUGGAUUGAGGUCAUUAUGGAUAUAUAUAUAUAUGUGUGUGUGCGCGCGCGCGAGCGCGCUCUUGUGUGUGUGUUAAAUGAUUUUUUAUUCAAAGAUAACAACUUAAAUAAUACAUACGUAUGUAGGAAAAAUUCUACAUAAAAUACACAAUUGAAAACGGA